AUGGUUUCUGGAUAAGUAUGAUGAGAGAGAGAAGUAAAAGCAGAAAAACAAAAACGAAGGAGAAAUUGCUAUAGAGAGAAGUGGUUUAAUCAAAAUAAGACAGAAAAUACAGUAUUUCGAGUUGAUCGGUUCAGUUAUACUGCCCAACCUUGAAGGAAACACUCCUUCUUUAGUUUGUUUAAUCAAGAACAUAAUAAAAGAGUUAAUCAAAAAUGUCUAAAGCAUGGAAACUGAAGUUGCUUCUUCUGCUUCAGCUGCUCCUCCUCUUGACUCAACAUGGUGUUAAUUCAGCCUCUGUGAUUAGCCAUCUUCCUGGUUUCGAAGGUCCUCUUCCUUUCCACCUUGAAACAGGAUAUAUUGGUGUUGGUGAGGGAGAGAAAGUUCAGCUUUUCUACUACUUCGUCAAAUCAGAGAACAAUCCUGAAGAAGACCCUCUUCUAAUUUGGUUAUCUGGAGGACCUGCUUGCUCUUCUAUCUCUGCCCUUGCUUUUGAAAUCGGGCCUUUGACUUUCAAUACUGAGGGUAACAGUGGAGGUUUGCCUUCUCUUGUUUCCACUUCAUAUUCUUGGACAAAGAUAGCUAGCAUAAUAUUCUUGGAUCAACCUGUUGGGACUGGCUUCUCCUACUCAACAAAUCCUCUUGUGGAUAAGCCUAGUGACACAGGAGAAGCAAAACAGACUUAUGAGUUUCUUCAAAAGUGGCUUGUAGAGCAUCCAGAGUUUGUCUCAAAUCAUUUUUAUGUUGGUGGAGAUUCUUAUGCCGGUGUAAUUGUUCCAGCUAUUGUUCAACAAAUCUCAAUAGGAAAUGAACAUGGCUACAAACCUCUAAUCAAUCUUAAGGGUUAUGUUCUUGGGAACCCGUCAACAGAUUCUUAUAUUGAUUAUAACUAUAGGAUCCCAUAUGCUCAUGGGAUGGGACUGAUCUCUGAUGAACUCUAUGAGUCUCUUAAGAGAAGCUGCGAAGGAAAUUAUGUAAAUAUAGAUCCUAGUAAUACACAAUGCUUGAAAUUGAUGCAAGACUACGAUAAGUGUGUUUCAAGGUUAAAUUACGCAUUAAUUUUGACACCAUUGUGUGAUCUUUCAUUGCCGAAUCCGUUUUCAAAAAAGCAUAUUGGAAGAAGAGAUGUUAGGGAACUUGUUCACUCGGAUCUUCCUCUUCCAACUCAUGAUUGCUAUACGUAUCGGUAUUUGCUAGCUACAAAUUGGGCUAAUGAUGAAGAUGUACGCAGAGCACUUCAUGUGGUGAAAGGAAGUAUAGAGAAAUGGGUGAGAUGCGACUGGGAUAUGGCUUAUGAGAAAGAUAUAAAGAGCAGUGUACCGUACCAUCUAAACAAUAGCAUGAAAGGGUUUUAUAGGUCAUUAGUUUAUAGUGGUGAUCAUGAUAUGUUUGUGCCUUUUCCUGGAACACAAGCUUGGAUUAGAUCUCUAAAUUAUUCAAUCAUUGACCAAUGGAGGCCUUGGUUUAUUAACAACCAAAUUAUGGGGUACACAAGGACUUACGCCAACAAUAUGACAUUUGCCACCAUCAAAGGAGGAGGGCACACUGUAGAGUAUAAACCAGAGGAGGGCUUCAUUAUGUUUGAAAGGUGGAUAAAUGGCCAACCUCUUUAACACAGUGAGCUCCAUGAAUAAUCCAACAUCAUAGCUUUUUAAAGAUCAAAUAAUAAAAAUAUUAAUGAUUUUCUCUUUUCAGUAACCACAUUCGACCAUUUAAAGUUGUUGCUAUAAAUUACAUUUAAAUCAUUCACUAUACUAGCACAUUUUUAUGGGGAUUC